AUGGCGACUGUCACUGAGGUGCUGACAGAGCCUUUCACCGCUCAAGGGGUCGCCCUCAAGUCGGGUCCGAUCAAGGUCCACCAAGAGGAGCUGCCUGCCGUGGAACUUCCAGACAUUCCUCUGCCGCCCCCUUCAAAAGCACCAACCGAAGUUCUCAGUAUAGACAAACCAACUCCCGAUUAUCAUGUCCCCCGCGACCCUCGCCUUAUCAGACUGACGGGUGUUCAUCCCUUCAAUGUCGAGCCUCCACUUACGGCUCUGUACGAUGAAGGCUUCUUGACUUCCCCGGAACUAUUCUAUGUGAGAAAUCAUGGCCCGGUACCUUUGGUGAAGGACGAAGACAUCCCAAAUUGGGAGAUUAGCAUCGAAGGCCUAGUGGAGAAGCCGCUUGUCCUCAACUUCCGGGAAAUCUUGCAGAAAUACGAUCAGAUCACAGCACCAAUCACUCUCGUCUGUGCGGGAAACAGACGGAAGGAGCAGAAUGUGGUCAGGAAGACCAAAGGUUUCUCAUGGGGUUCCGCUGGCCUGUCGACAGCCCUUUGGACUGGCCCAAUGAUGGCAGAUAUCCUACGGAGUGCGAAGCCUCUGAGGAAAGCCAAGUAUGUUUGCAUGGAGGGAGCAGAUAAGCUGCCAAACGGGUAUUACGGCACCUCAAUCAAACUCAAUUGGGCCAUGGAUCCCAAUAGGGGAAUCAUGCUGGCCCACAAAAUGAACGGCGAGGAUCUCCGUCCUGACCACGGCCGUCCCCUGAGAGCCGUCGUACCCGGCCAGAUCGGUGGCCGAAGUGUCAAAUGGCUCAAGAAGCUCAUUCUGACUGAUGCGCCCAGUGAUAACUGGUACCACAUCUAUGACAACCGAGUAUUACCGACAAUGGUUUCGCCCGAAAUGUCAUCCAGUGACCCAAACUGGUGGCGCGAUGACCGAUAUGCAAUUUAUGAUUUGAACGUGAACUCUUCUGUAGUAUACCCCGAGCACAAGGAGGUGCUGGAUCUUGCGUCGGCAGGCCCGUCGUACAACGUGAAAGGAUAUGCCUAUGCAGGAGGCGGUCGGAGGAUUACAAGAGUUGAAAUAUCUUUAGACAAAGGCAAAUCCUGGCGAUUGGCCAACAUUUCAUAUGCCGAAGACAAGUAUCGUGACUUCGAAGGGGACCUGUUCGGUGGCAGAGUAGACAUGUCCUGGCGCGAGACUUGUUUCUGCUGGAGCUUUUGGUCGCUGGAUAUCGCCAUUCCCGAGCUAGAAAAUACAGAUGCCAUUCUUGUGCGGGCCAUGGAUGAGGCCUUGUCUCUCCAACCGCGCGAUAUGUACUGGUCUGUUCUGGGCAUGAUGAAUAAUCCUUGGUUCCGGGUCACCAUCACAAAGGAGAAUGGGACUCUCAGGUUCGACCACCCAACAGAUCCUACCGGGCCUGGUGGAUGGAUGGAACGCGUCAAAAAGGCCGGUGGUGAUCUGGCCAACGGUAACUGGGGAGAAAGACACGCAGGAGAGGAACCGGCAGAGCCAGAGCCCGAGAAGGAGAUCAACAUGAAGAAAGACGGCGUGAACCGGAUGAUCGACCUUGAAGAAUUCAAGAAGAACUCAAGCGAUGAGAAACCCUGGUUCAUCGUGAACGGCGAAGUGUACGAUGGCACGGCAUUCCUUGAGGGCCAUCCUGGAGGAGCUCAGAGUAUCAUUUCCUCUGCUGGCAUCGACGUUUCGGAGGAAUUUUUGGCCAUCCAUAGCGAAACGGCCAAAGCCAUGAUGCCUGAUUACCAUACCGGAACCAUGGAUAAGGCGUCGUUGAAAGCGCUCAAGAACGAUAGCGCACCAGAAUCGGAUGAACCUCGCGCAACAUUCCUCCAGUCGAAAUCAUGGUCAAAGAUGACCCUUGUGAAGAGGAAGGACGUGUCAUGGGACACCCGCAUUUUCACUUUCCAGCUUCAACAUGACAAACAGACCCUGGGCCUGCCCAUUGGCCAGCAUCUCAUGAUCAAGGUCGCUGACCCCAUCAGCAAAGAAGCCAUUAUCCGCUCAUACACCCCUAUCUCCGAUACCAACCAGGAAGGCACCAUGGACCUGCUGGUCAAGAUUUACUUCGACACUCCCACAGUCAAAGGUGGCAAGAUGACCAUGGCUCUCGAGAAACUCGCAUUGGGAUCAGAAAUCGACUGCAAGGGUCCCACUGGCAGGUUCGAGUACCUUGGAAACGGCAAGAUUAUGGUGAGCGGCAAAGAGCGCCAUGUUAGUUCUUUCAAGAUGAUCUGUGGAGGAACUGGUAUCACGCCAAUUUUCCAAGUGCUACGUGCAGUGAUACAGGACAAGCAGGACCCAACCUCAUGCGUGGUCCUGGAUGGCAAUAGACAGGAAGAGGACAUUCUCUGUCGUGACGAACUGGACGCCUAUGAAGCGUUGGAUAGCAAGAAGUGCAAGGUGGUACACACAUUAACCAAGGCUCCGGACAGUUGGACUGGACGUCGUGGACGUAUAUCGGAAGACCUGCUGAAGCAGUAUGCCAUUCCCGACGGCAAGAGCAUGGUGCUCAUCUGUGGUCCAGAGGCCAUGGAGAAGUCCGCCCGCAAGAUCCUACUGGAGCAAGGAUGGGCGGAGUCGGACCUUCAUUUCUUCUGA